CUACUACUGUAGCUAGCUUAAGUGAAGAUUCCAAUCAUGAUGCUAAUAAAUUUGAUUCUGCCUUCACAAUACUGGAAAACAAAAUACAUGAUACUAAAAUUAGCAAAUCUAUUGAUUCAGCUUCAGAAGAGAAUGUUGUUUCAGAUAGUAAGGUGAAAAAGAUUGGAAGAAGAAAAUCGAGAACCAAAACU